CAAUUCAUGUUCCAAUCGAGCGAGAGAGACGCAGCCCUGGGAUUUUUCUCUGUUUUUUGUUUUCUUUGAUUUUUUUUUGAGGGGAGGUGUUUGUGCCUAUGCGAAGGGACACCGAUUUGCUGACAAAAAAAAAAUGCACUUUAGAUCAAACGGCAGCAAAUAGGCAAACGGCUUGGGCGUCUGGAAUCUCGGCUUCUCCGCUGUUCGUGCGAUCGUUGCUACGGCGUUCAGGCGGUCGGCGUGUCUUGGAGGAAUAAAAGCAUGUUUUAUGGACGCGGGCUGUUCUCGGAGGCAGACCGGGAGGGCACUGCAAGGGCCGUCUUCACUAGUCUGGGCUUUCAGGACUGCUAACUGGAGACGGGGUUACAGCUGAACUGGGGAGAAAUGAAAAAUUGAAACUCGCCCCCCCGUCCCACCCCCUGUAUUGUCUACGGGAUGGAAUGAAAGUAAACACGGACGAGAAAGUUCUGUUUUUAAAAAAAACCCCACAAAGUAGAGCCAACGGAAAAGGGACUUGUUUUUCUUUGCCAAAAAUCACGCUGAAUGCCACACGCGCGCACACGCAGUGCGAAGCGAACUCCUGUCCGGGAAUCAAGCGUGUGUGUGUGUGGUGAUGCUUCUUCCCUCCGUGUUGUCUGAUGUCAGUUUGGGUUCCAGCUCUCGGAUCUGUGCGUUUCUAGAAUGGCUCGCUUCGGAGACGAUCUUCCUACCCGCUAUGGAGGCGGCGGUCCAGCGGGCGCUGGGCGAGGAGGCAGCCGGCAGGGAGGCCCGCCGGGCGGCCCGAGGAUGUACAAGCAGUCGAUGGCCCAGAGAGCCAGGACCAUGGCCAUUUACAACCCCAUCCCCGUCAAGCAGAACUGCUUCACCGUCAACAGAUCCCUCUUCAUCUUCAGCGAAGACAACAUCAUACGGAAAUACGCCAAAAGAAUAACCGAGUGGCCUCCAUUUGAGUACAUGAUCCUAGCCACCAUCAUCACCAACUGCAUCGUGUUGGCUCUGGACCAGCACCUGCCCUCUGGAGACAAGACCCCCAUGUCCGGGAGACUGGAAAAGACGGAGCCCUACUUUAUUGGAAUAUUUUGCUUUGAAGCCGGCAUCAAGAUCAUCGCCCUUGGGUUUGUGUUACAUAAAGGCUCCUACCUCCGGAACGGCUGGAAUGUAAUGGAUUUCGUGGUCGUCUUAACGGGGAUCCUGGCCGUAGCCGGGACGGAUUUCGAUCUGCGCACACUGAGAGCUGUUCGAGUACUACGGCCACUGAAGCUGGUGUCAGGAAUACCAAGCCUGCAAGUGGUGCUGAAGUCCAUAAUGAAGGCCAUGGUUCCCCUGCUGCAGAUCGGCCUGCUGCUCUUCUUCGCCAUUGUCAUGUUCGCCAUCAUCGGCCUGGAGUUCUACAUGGGCAGGUUCCACAAGACCUGUUUCAAGAUAGAGACAGGCGAGAUCGCCGCAGAUUUCCCCUGCGGUACGGAGCCCCCGGCCCGGCUCUGCCCCAAUGAGACGGAGUGCCGGGAGUACUGGAUCGGGCCCAACUUCGGCAUCACCAAUUUCGACAACAUCCUCUUCGCGGUUCUCACCGUCUUCCAGUGCAUCACGAUGGAGGGCUGGACCGAGAUCCUGUAUAAUGCCAACGAUGCCUCAGGAAACACCUGGAACUGGCUGUAUUUCGUCCCGCUCAUCAUCAUCGGCUCUUUCUUCAUGCUGAACCUGGUCCUAGGAGUCCUGUCUGGCGAGUUUGCCAAGGAGCGUGAGCGCGUGGAGAAGAGGCAGGAGUUCCUGAAGCUGCGACGCCAGCAGCAGAUCGAGCGCGAGCUGACCGGGUACCUGGAGUGGAUAUGCAAGGCAGAGGAGGUCAUGCUGGCAGAAGAGGACAGGAUCGCUGAGGAGAAAUCUCCGCUGGACGUGUUAAAAAGAGCCAAGACCAAGAAGAGCAAGAAUGACCUGAUCCACGCUGAGGAAGGAGAGGACCACUUCACAGACAUCUCCUCCGUGGGCUCCCCGUUCGCCCGCACCAGCCUGAAGAGCGGCAAGAACGAGAGCUCCUCCUACUUCCGGCGGAAGGAGAAGAGGCUGCGGUUCUUCAUCCGCCGCAUGGUCAAGUCGCAGAGCUUCUACUGGAUCGUCCUGUGCCUGGUGGCCCUGAACACACUGUGCGUGGCCAUCGUGCACUACGACCAGCCGGACUGGCUCACCAAGGCGCUGUACUUGGCUGAGUUUGUGUUCCUGGGCCUCUUUCUGACCGAGAUGACCUUGAAGAUGUAUGGGCUGGGACCCAGAAACUACUUUCACUCUUCUUUCAAUUGCUUUGAUUUUGGGGUGAUAGUGGGUAGUAUUUUUGAGGUGGUCUGGGCAGCAGUGAAGCCCGGGGCCUCAUUCGGCAUCAGUGUCCUGAGAGCCCUGCGUCUGCUCAGGAUUUUCAAAGUAACAAAGUACUGGAACUCUCUGCGGAACCUGGUGGUGUCCCUGCUCAACUCCAUGAAGUCCAUCAUCAGCCUGCUCUUCCUCCUCUUCCUCUUCAUCGUCGUCUUCGCUCUGCUGGGCAUGCAGCUUUUCGGCGGCCAUUCCAAGGCGCCAGACACAAGUUCUGACAGGUUUAACUUUGAGGAUGAAACUCCCACUAACAACUUCGACACUUUCCCUGCUGCCAUUCUCACAGUGUUCCAGAUCCUAACAGGAGAGGACUGGAAUGCCGUGAUGUAUCAUGGGAUUGAGUCGCAGGGCGGUGUGCGAAGAGGAAUGCUCUCCUCCAUCUACUUCAUUGUCCUGACGCUGUUCGGUAACUACACGCUCCUCAACGUCUUCUUGGCCAUUGCCGUUGACAACCUGGCUAAUGCGCAGGAGCUAACGAAGGACGAGGAAGAGCAAGAGGAAGCCACCAGUAAAAAGCUUGCCCUCCAAAAGGCCAAGGAGGUAAAGGAGGUCAGCCCCAUGUCGGCAGCUAACAUUUCCAUCGCAGCUUUUGUAAAGCAAAAUCGAGGUGCUCUAUCACGCAGCUCGUCCGUGUCCAGCGUUAACUCACCGAGUUAUGUCUGCUCUCCUGCUCGUCGCGUUUUGAGGUACAGCAGGGAGCAGCAGAAGUCGAUGAAGUUGAUGUCAGUGUGGGAGCAGCGGACCACGCAGAUUCGCCGGCACAACCUGCGCGCCAGCUGCGAGGCGCUGUACAGCGAGCUGGACCCCGAGGAGCGAGUCCGCCUGUCCUCCGUGCUGCACCUCCGGCCCGACAUGAAGACCCACCUGGACCGGCCGCUUGUGGUGGAGCCGCGGGACGAGUCCCGCGACAACGCGGACGGCGCCAAGCCCGCGGAUGGCACCGCGCCCCCGGACGGGCCCGGACCAGGGCCGGGGGAGGCGACAGACCGGCCGCCGGCCAGAGACGCCGGUGAGCCCGCCGCCCCCCGCAAGCACCACCGGCACCACGACAGGCCGGCCGAGGACAGGCCCGAGCCGGGCAACGAGAACGGGGACACAGGGGGCAGCAGCAAUGGCAAGGAGGGCCGGCAUCGCUUGCACCACAGCCGCAGCAAAGACCAGGAGGGCCGGGGCAAAGAGGGCAAGGGCGAGAGGAGCCGCAGCAGAGAGGCCGCGAAGAGGCACCAUCACCAGGGCCCAGCAGAAGACGGGGGAGGAGGGGAGAAGGAGCACCGCCGGCACUGCAGCCACCGCCAGCCCAAAGAGGGCAACGGCACAGUCAACAACGGGGGCGGCCGCGGCGAGCGCCGGGGCCGGCACAGGGACGGGCCCCGCCCCGCCAACCGGGAGGGCGAGGCCGGAGCUGGGGGAGCCAAGGGGGAGAACGGGGAGCGGCUGGAGAAACGGCACAAGCACCGCAGCAAAACCCAGCCCCCCACCGAGGGGGAGGACCGCAGGGAGAAUGGAGAGCGAGAGCCGGAGGGAGAUGCGGCGGAUAAGGAGCGCAAGAACCACUGUCCGAAGGAGAAGCAGGCGGACGCGGGGACAAGCGCCCUGGCCACCACCCCGCAGCAGCUGGGCGGGGAGAAGCCAGAGGACUCGGACAACCAGAAGAACGUCAAGCGCACGGCCCAGACAGUCAACAACGCCAGCACCGUCGCCAUCCCCUUGACUGUCACAGCCCCCCCAGGAGAGACCACCGUCAUCCCCCUGAACAGCAUCGACUGUGACACGCUGCCGAAGACCGAGGAGAAGAAGAGCCUGGAAGACAUGACCAAGAACGGGCCGAAGCAGAUCCUGCCCUACAGCUCCAUGUUCGUGUUCAGCCAGACCAACCCGGUGCGGAGGCUAUGCCACUACAUUGUCAACCUGCGCUACUUCGAAAUGUGCAUCCUGGUGGUGAUCGCCAUGAGCAGCAUCGCCCUGGCCGCCGAGGACCCUGUGCAAGCCGACGCCCCCAGGAACAACGUGCUCAAAUAUUUGGAUUACGUCUUUACGGGAGUGUUCACAUUUGAGAUGGUGAUUAAGAUGAUCGAUCUGGGUUUGCUCCUCCACCCUGGAUCGUACUUCAGGGACCUUUGGAACAUCCUGGACUUCAUAGUUGUCAGUGGUGCUUUGGUGGCCUUUGCUUUUUCGAGCUUCAUGGGAUCGCACCAAACCGUCACCAGAGGGACCAAAGGGAAGGAUAUCAACACCAUUAAGUCCCUGCGUGUGCUCAGAGUGCUGCGUCCCCUGAAGACCAUCAAGAGGCUGCCUAAACUGAAGGCUGUGUUCGACUGCGUGGUGAACUCCCUGAAGAACGUUCUGAACAUCCUCAUCGUCUACAUGCUCUUCAUGUUCAUCUUUGCUGUCAUCGCGGUGCAGCUCUUCAAGGGCAAGUUCUUCUACUGCACCGACGAGUCCAAGGAGCUGAAGAAGGACUGCAGGGGUCAGUUCCUGGACUACGACAAGGACGGCGUGGCGGCGCAGCCCCGGGAGUGGAAGAAGUACGAGUUCCACUACGACAACGUGCUGUGGGCGUUCCUCACGCUCUUCACCGUGUCCACGGGCGAGGGCUGGCCCACUGUCCUAAAGCACUCUGUGGACGCCACCUACGAGGAUCAGGGUCCCAGCCCGGGCUUCAGAAUGGAGAUGUCCAUCUUCUACGUGGUCUACUUCGUGGUGUUCCCCUUCUUCUUCGUCAACAUCUUCGUGGCCCUCAUCAUCAUCACCUUCCAGGAGCAAGGGGACAAGGUCAUGUCUGAGUGCAGCCUGGAGAAGAACGAGAGGGCCUGCAUCGACUUUGCCAUCAGCGCCAAGCCCCUCACACGCUACAUGCCCCAGAACAAGCAGUCCUUCCAGUACAAGAUGUGGAAGUUCGUGGUGUCGCCGCCCUUCGAGUAUUUCAUCAUGGCCAUGAUCGCGCUCAACACUGUGGUGCUCAUGAUGAAGUUCUAUGGGGCUCCAGUGGUGUACGAGGCAAUGCUGAAGUACUUGAACGUUGUGUUUACAGCGCUGUUUUCCUUGGAGUGCAUCCUGAAGAUUAUUGCAUUUGGUGCCCUGAACUACCUGAAGGAUGCCUGGAACGUGUUUGAUUUUGUGACAGUAUUGGGAAGUAUAACUGAUAUAUUGGUCACAGAAAUUAAUACAUCGAACAAGCUGAUCAACCUCAGUUUCCUAAGGCUGUUCAGGGCUGCCCGACUCAUCAAGCUUCUGCGACAGGGUUACACCAUUCGGAUUCUGCUCUGGACCUUUGUCCAGUCCUUCAAGGCCCUGCCUUACGUCUGCCUUCUGAUUGCAAUGCUGUUUUUUAUCUACGCCAUCAUCGGAAUGCAAGUUUUUGGAAACAUUGACCUGCAAGACGAUACAGCCAUCAAUCGGCACAACAAUUUCCGUACCUUCUUCCAAGCUCUGAUACUUCUGUUCAGGAGCGCCACGGGGGAGGCCUGGCACGAGAUCAUGCUGUCCUGCCUGAGCAACCGGCACUGCGACGAGCGCUCCGGCUCCACUGGGAAGGAGUGUGGCAGCAACUUCGCCUACUUCUACUUCGUCUCCUUCAUCUUCCUCUGCUCCUUCCUGAUGCUCAAUCUCUUUGUGGCCGUCAUUAUGGACAACUUUGAGUAUCUGACCCGAGACUCUUCAAUACUGGGGCCUCAUCACCUGGAUGAGUUCAUCCGCGUCUGGGCAGAGUACGACCCAGCAGCCUGUGGCCGCAUCGCAUAUCUUGAUAUGUAUGAGAUGCUGCUCCACAUGUCCCCACCUUUAGGUCUGGGAAAGAAAUGUCCAGCGAGAGUCGCCUACAAGCGCCUGGUGAAAAUGAACAUGCCCAUCGCCGAGGACAACACCGUGCACUUCACCUCCACGCUGAUGGCGCUGAUCCGCACGGCGCUGGAAAUCAAACUGGGCUCAGGGGUCAUUCAGCAGCAGCUGUGUGAUGCUGAACUGAAGAAGGAGAUCGCCACCGUCUGGCCAAACCUCUCUCAGAAGACCAUGGACCUGCUGGUGACUCCACACAGGCCUAACGAGCUGACGGUGGGGAAGGUGUACGCCGCUCUGAUGAUCUUCGACUACUACAAGCUGAACCGCAGCAAACGGCUCCAGCAGCAGCAGCAGACAGCGGGCGGGCUGCCAAAGAACAAGGUGAGCGAGCUCUUCAAGCCCAUGCUGCCUCUCACCCUGAUGCGGGACCAGCUGCCGCCCAUGAACAACACCAAGCCGCCCCCGCAGCCCGCCAGCACCACCUCCCUCAACAACGGGGGCGCCUUGCCAGGCCAGGACACCGCUGUCAAAGAAUCUCCUUCCUGGGUCACGGAGAAGGCACAGGAAGUGUUCCAGCUGAACAAGAAGCGGCCGGUUCAGAGGGGGCAGUCUGAGGACAUCCCCAACACAACCAGAGCUCAGGAGGCGGUGGAGAUGAAGAAGAUGGACCACAGUGCCAAUGGAGAGAGCCAGCCAGGCCUGGAGAGCCAGGGCAGAGCGGCGUCGAUGCCCAGGCUGAACGCAGAGAUGCAGCGGGGCCAUUCUCGAACUCCGAGGACGUACCUAGCACCCAUUCCUGACACAAGCCCCAUGAAGCGCUCUGUGUCCACGCUGGCUCCGCAGCGCCCCCCAGAGGUGCACCUGCCUGAUUACGCUCUGGACCGCCCGGGGCCCGACCGGCCCCACCAUCACCAUCACCACCACCGCUGUCACCGGCGCCGGGAGAAGGACAGGAAGCAGCACUCUCUGGACAGGUCUCCCAGUGGCCAGACCCACAGCAACGCAGGCACGCCAGGAGAUCCGGGCUCUGCCGUCCCGCUGGGGGAGGCCACGUCGCGGGACAGGAGGCAGGACCGGGGCCGGUCCCACGAGAGGAAGCACCACUCCUCGUCCUCGGAGAAGCAGCGGUACUACUCCUGCGACCGCUACGGCAGCCGCGACCACUCUCAGACCAAAUCGAACACCGCCAGCCGCUCGACCUCGCCCGUCGACACCCGCGAGUCCGGCCUCAACAAGCAGGGCAGUGGUUCAGCUAAGGGGAGCCCGCUGAUGCUGACCUCUGGCGACAGCACCCCCUGCCGAGGGCGCAGGCAGCUCCCCCAGACCCCCCUCACCCCCCGGCCCAGCGUCGCCUACAAGACCGCCAACUCCUCGCCCGUCCACUUCGGCGCCGCCACGCCCGGCGUGCCCUCCUUCUGCCCGGGCCGGCUGAGCCGCGGCCUGUCGGAGCACAACGCCCUGCUGCGCGGUGAGGGCGACUCGCAGGUCCGCGCCCACCUGGCCGUGACCCGGAUCGGCUCUGACCCGUACCUGGGCUACCGGGACGAUCGCAGCGGCCCGUUCUGGGCCCUCCCGGAGGACGCGCUGGCCGCCCACGCUGACCGCUCCCCCAGGACUUCAGCCUCGUACGGGGUGUCCCUUCCGCCCCCACCCCAGCUGCAGACCCGGGGGGUCCCCAAUGGAUACCAUUAUGCCCUGGGUGUCAACGCAGGGCCUGGCUCGGGCACCAGGGGGCGCCAGUACUACCAGGAGGCGGAUGAGGAUGAUUGGUGCUAGCAUGGCUUUAAACAACGACAAAGAUUGCAAGGUUCUUGCAGAUUUUUAUGCAUUUUAGGAAAAUUUUGAUGAGUUUUAUCAUCUUUUGCAAAAGCAGUAGUUAACACUGUUGUUGUAUGUAUGUAUGCAUCUGUUUUAAACAAAGAGGAAGAGAAGAGUGCCAGAUGAUGAGAAGAUAAAAAACAAAGAAACCGCCUUUUGAGAAGAAAAGUGGAAAAGAAUCAUUCCAGAUUUUAAGAUACAAAGAGCAUAAAUAUUUUAUUUUAAAAAAGGCAAAAUGGUAAAUGGGUAUCAGCCUGUGCUGUUGUUGAAUUCGUCAGCGUCUUGUUGAACUGAAGGCGAGAGGCCCGCGGUGGUGUGGAAACGAGCACGAGAGAGGCACCGCGUUUCCGCUCUCCGUGCUGGGUGGCGUAGCGGCGGUGAACAGAUGCCAAACCCCCUCCGCCGCCGUGCGCGUGGGCGCGGGACUCUGCCGGGGAGCACGCCCCCACUGGCCACGCACUCCCGCGUCCUCUGUCCUUCUCCGCUUCGGUCCGUUAGUAUUUCACUCUCUGUAACCCUCGUCGCCAGGCACGCCGGCCACACCUCCCCUCUCACCCCUUCCUGCACGGCAGCGCCGCCGGAGUGACCGCGAGGAAGGAGGGGACAGAAAAGAGCCCAAAUGUUAUUUGUUUUAUAUCGAGCUGUGGUAGAACUUUUAUCUUUUCAUUGUGUGCAUUUUUGUAAAUUGUAUAAAAAAAACAACAAAACACAAAAAACAAAGUGUUUUAUGUCAAUGGCUCAUAGCUCACUUUCAUGCCAGGUCUACUGUUUCUUACUGACUGCUCCAGUUGUUCAAUACCAAGUGCCUAACCUUUUAAAUAUCUCACCGUGGCGAUGCCACCACUUUCUUCAGCGCACGCAGCCUGGAUUGCUGGCGGAGGGCCGGGGUGUUAGUCAGGGCGGGACCUGGAGGCGCCUGGUGGAGCUCAGAGGAAGCCUGAAAGACGAUUUCUCUUGUGGGGUACAGAGGGGAGCAAACGAGAGCGGGGCGUGGGAGUUUUCAUUUGGGUUUUUUACUGAAACUUAAAUAAAACUUGAAACUUGGGAAGACGCGAAAAUCCCAGCGCAAAAGCUGCACCGUGGAGCCUGGAGGGAGUGGGGCAUUAUUGACACAGUUGCAUGUUCAAGUCUUUAAUUCGGUUGUCAGAGGAUAUGAACACAUACUGUAUGGUGUAUACUUAUUUUUGUUGUGAGGAUACUUGGAGAAAGCAUUGCUAGCUAUUGCCUUUUAUUUAAAUGUUAUAUUGCUAUGAGAGAAAGGUGGAAAUAUAUAUAUAUACACAUGCACUUUGGGUGAAGUGUGGGUGGGACAGAGAAAUACAGAUCCCUGAUGAGAGUCUGGUUCAGCAAAGGUCAAGGAAGGGUCAAGACUGUUCCUCCUGCUGUUGAAUGUUGUGUUAAACGUCUGUGGUGUUUCUCCAUCACCAAGGGAUUCCCCUGCUAUUGCCCACCUCGUGCAUCACAUCCAUGUACCGUUGCACCGUCUGUCCUUUCUGUGACGCAAUGCCGGCGCGCACAGGCGCGGAUGCCCACGCCGAGGUCCGGUGACGCUGUCCGUCGGGGAGUACUGUCCGUGCUGGUUCCGUCCGUCACUCCUACUCGCUGUGAGCUGCCAGCGUCUCUCCAGUCGCAGGGGCGAUCGCGGCUGUCCGGAGUCCCGCCCUUUGCCGCAGCGAGGGGGUGCCUGCCUUGCUCCCAGCUUUCUUAUCGUGCAAGAGGACCCCGUUCUUCACGAAGCAGACGACUGGCGAAGGCGGUUUUUCCGAUCGAUCGAUCGAUCGAUCGAUCAGCUGGCGCUCCCAGAGAGAGCGCGGCUGUGAUCUUUGUCCCCGGAGGUGGCGGUGUUCCCUGGGGACGGGCGUAACGGCCCAGUAAGUCUUGACCGCUGCUGCUGCCUCUCAUGAGGCCGGCCUGCUCCUUUCGGAGUUUUCUGGGCAGUUCCCGUGGCGUUCCGCACGACCGGACGAUGGGAGGGACCCCAGGGAGGGGACACUGUGACCACAAGCUCUCAGAAGGGCUCUGGCUCUGUACAUUUCCUGAAGCAGGGUGUUGACCAUUGUCAAGUAGGGCUAUGCAACACGAGAACACUUCAAAUAAACUUCAUCCAUUCUGUAGCUUUACCUGCUGGGUUUUCCAGAUUCAGGCUUCAGCAUGAUUGUGACCAAAUGUUUUAUAGAAAAGUUUUAAAAAAAAGCUAACAAAAAAUAAAGCAUAAAGGCACAAUGAUUAUUAUAAAAUACUAUAAGGGAAAAAAAACAGGACAUUUUGAGAGACGUUUGGCAAGUUGAUAUUAUCGCUGAUAAAUGCAUGCAUCAGAUAUACCCACUUUGACAACUGAAAAGAGAAAAAUAGUGUUUGUUUUAAAUGUAUUAAAAAAUCACAGUUUCUGGGGCGUACCCUUAAAUGUAAUAUCAACCAAGGGGUACUUGGAAAUUCAGAGGACGACCUAAUGAUUUAUUGUCUUCUGUGGGGUAGAGUAUGGAAUUAUUUCUAGUUGACAAAAUGAACAAAUACUUCAGAUUCUUGUGCAUUCUUUCUUUUCUUGUAGCCACAGAGCAUCCUUAUUUAAUGCCAUAGUGGGGCUAAUGCCCAGAUAUGCUCACCUUCUUCUAUGGCAGGUCUUUAAUCUUUAAUGUAGCGUCUGUAUUUAAAAAACAGAUCAAGCAUAUCUCCCCCAAAUCCCUACCAGUCGGUUGCCAAAACUUUGAACUGCGCCCAUCGGUUGCAUACCAGUUCCAGUUUAGUCGUGGCAGUACUCUUUGAAUAAGUAAUGUUUGCAUGUUAUAUUAAAAGUAUGUGCAUGUGAAAACAAAGAAACAUUGUUUAGCUUCGUACUUUUUGAUACAAUGUAUUCAUCAGUUGUUAAUUUUUAAUGAUCUUUGAUAUAAAUUGGGGGUUUGUGGAAAAAAGGUAACAACAAAACUUUAUAUUAAAAAAAAAACAGUGUUGGAAAUGAUUUUAGAAAGUUCCAUCCAUGCAACACGACUGGAACUAACUUUACAAAAUAAAAAGGUCCUGUGAUUGAGUAGUUUGCUGCCUGAUUUCUGUUUUUCAGCCAGACUUUGAAUUCUGCAGUUGUUUCUACAGUUACAUUUUGUAUGAAGCGAAGUCCUUGAACUAAAAAUUAAAUAAAACUUAGAAAAAACA